CAGUUGUCCCACCAACACCCACGACUUCAAUGGCAGAGCUGGACAAGAGGGAAAGAAAUAGGAAAUAACAAUGUAAUGUUUAUUUAAUGUGAGAAUUUUAAUUCAAAUUCCUACUUUUUCUAUGUUGUACUUUACAGAGCUUGAGUGUGAAUACUGUCGAAUUGUGCGAUCAGAUCUAUUUCAUUCUUCCUGAUAGUCUAGCACCGUUUUCUGAAGUCAUGAAUUCAGCUCAGCAGCUGCUUCGGUCUCAGAGAAACUUGCUGCUGACAUGGACGUCUGACGACCCGGCACCCUUGCUGCAUUGGCUGCGUCACGCUGAGGUGCUUUCCUCUGAACAACACCAGUCUCUUGCUGGAGAGGUCCCCUUCCAACGCCGUGGUUGAGACUCUAGACAUAGUAUGUGCCUCUGAGGAGAACAGCCAAAAGUUCCUCCUGGUGCUGAGGAAGUUGAAGGAUUAUUACUGCACAGAUCUGCAGGUCUGGGUAGAGAGACACUUCAGGGAUGAGGACGACAGCAAGCCAGGGGCAAAAGUAGAAGAUAUAAAGCCAAGGGAAGAGCAAGCGAGUCACCCAGACUCCUGAUGUUAAGCCAACAAAGAAGGAGCUGGCAGGAGUGAACAGUCGGCCAACAUCAAAGUUUCCAUUUCUGCCCAUAAAACAACUCUACUGAAACGCACAGCGCGGUUAAAGAGUUAUUCAGAGGGUGAGAGCUUGGCAUCAAACUCGGCUUCUCACAUUGAGAUCAACUACACUGAGCCGAUGAGCUCGCAUCUAUGUCCAUCAGGCCUUCCGGCACAUCCAAAUUUGCCAUCUGCUGAGCCCCGAGGGAACAUCAGGAAGGUCCCCGAAAAGGGUUAAAGUGAAGGGAAUUGCUGGUAUCGGAAAGAGCAUAGCCGUACAGAGGCUAGUCUAUGAGUGGGCGAUUGGGAAGAGCAUGUGUGAAUUCACCUGUGUUUUUGACCUGCGCUUCAGAGAGCUCAAUCUGAUCGAGGCACCACUGAGCUUAUUGGAGCUCCUUGGGGAACGGUUCCAGUACCUCAAGGGAGUUUUACCUGACCUUUUCACCUCACCAGGCUCUUUGCUCUUCAUCUUGGAUGGAUUAGAUGGGUUCAAAUUCCCCUUGGACUGGAACAGUCCUGGUAAAAACAUCGGAGUGGAUUCGAAGGUGCCAAUGUCAGAGAUGAUGGUGGCUCUGAUCAAGGGAAGACCAUCUACUGAAGCUCCAAAGCAUUUCUUCCAGAGAUGCUGUGUGGUGCUGGGCUUUGAGGAGGACCAGGUGAAGGAAUAUACAAGCAAGUUCUACAUAGACAUACAAGUUGCUGAGAAAGUCUACGAUUACAUCCUGAACAAUGACAGCCUUUUCAUGCUGUCAUUCAUCUCCCUGUAUUGCUACAUCAUCUGUACCGCCAUGGCCGAGUUUUUCUCCUCAGCGACUCAAGAUGUUGUAGACUCAAGAUCUCUGGAGCUGAACCCGCCCCGAACAGUCAGCAAGGUUUACUUUUGCUACCUGUUUACAGCAGUCAAGCACCAUGCACUGUGGGGGAGUGCAGAGAGAAGCACGCCAAGGUCUGAGGUCCUCUCACUGGCCAAGCAACAACUGACGAACCUUGGUAAACUGGCUUAUGAAGGCCUUCUUCAGAGGAAGAUAAUGUUCGAUAGCGCGGAUCUCGAGAACUCUGGUGUGAUACCUAGUGAUGUUCAGAGUACCUUUCUCUGUCACACCCUCCAGCCUCUCAAGGAGGAGACAGUGGAUAUGUUCUCUUUCUUCCACUUGACUGUUCAAGAACAUCUGGCGGCCCUCUACUGCGCAAUCCAAUGUCCAGGAGGACAUUAUUAUCUGGACUUCUAGUGCUUCGGGACACGUCCACCAUCCUCCACCGCUGCGCGGCUAACAAACACAGACCUCAACAUGGACAAGCUGGAGGGCCUCCAGAUGUUCAUACGCUUCUUCAUGAGAAUGCUGCAAGCACGACUGGUCGGUCAGUUGGAUGGCCUUGUUGUUUCCCACAUUGAGCAAGUGGAUGACCUCCCCGCCGGACUAGGUGUGUGGUUCCAAGAUCAGUUUAAGGACAGGAAGCUGGAAAACCAGACAACCCUGAAUCUUCUGCACUGCUUGAUGGAGUUUCACAUGAAGGAAGCUGCCAGCAUUGCAGCAAAGGAGAUCAAAAAGCUGCACCUGUUUAAAAUGAAGCUGAGCGUUGUCGACUGUGCAGCGAUGCACUAUGUGCUACAGUUCUCGCAACACAAGCAGCAGGAGCUCAACAUGGGCUACUCCAACAUCGGAAACAGAGGACUUAACAGACUGCGGCCAAUCCUACAUCGCUGUGAAUCUUUCUAUUUGAGAUACAACUGCCUUGACAGGCAAGCAGCAAUUUAAGAAUCUGAGAUCCUGAGAUCGAAGGAGUGCCAAGUGAGGAAGCUCUUCAUGUGUGGCAAUGACCUGGGUCCAGAGGGGGUUUUGGAGCUGUGGAACGAUCUGGAGCACAACACCACCGUGGAGGAACUCUAUCUUGACAUCACUGGCAUCACAGAGAGAGGAACAGAAAGCAUUGUCAACUGCCUCGGCAAAAACACCUCUCUGAAGAAACUGAUCAUUGUUGGGAAUGACAUCGGAGAGGUGGGGAGGGGAGGCUGAGGGAGCUGGGCCAAAGUCGACAGGGAUUAUUGCAAACUAUGUGGAUGACCCUGGAUUACUUCAGGCCUACCUGGACUGGCCGACAGAGACCAGAUGGACUUGGUGAAGAACGCAGAUGCCCUCCAGUCGGUGUUGAGGGGUCUUCAGGUGGCAGGAGAGCAGGCAGAGGAGGGAGUGAACACAGAUAGAACCAAGGUGCUCCAGAGAAAGAUCGUGAAGCUGCUCAAGUCUUCUACGAGAUGAAAAUGACCACAAGAUAUUGCAUAUAUUUUUGUGUGAGGCCUGCUGAAGUUUCAACUAACAUUCUGACUUUGUCAGAAAAAUGUGAUUUGUAUUAAACUUUAUGUUCUUUUCGUGGCACCCCAGGCUGUUGAUAAUGACUCUCAAAAAAAACCCACAUUCGAUCAUAUUUUUUGUAUGAAUUUUCCGCUGUCUCAAUGAAAAUAUUUGAUUAUUUGAUGGUAAAUCACAAAUUUACCCAACCGUUGAUGAACACUAUAAUUUGAUACACAUUUUUACUUCCAGAUAUCUAAUAAGAAUGUAAGUCAUUGUAAUUUCAAUGGGAAUCAUGUAAAAAAAAAAAAAAGAAAAGACAGACAGACGAUAUUAAAGA